AUGGCCGUGCCAAAGAACUGGCCCUCGACGUUGCCAUACCUCACAUCACCAUCACACUCGAAGCACCUCUCACCCUCGCAAGUGCAGGCCCUACGGACCAAGCCACCCUCGACCUCGACGGGUCCGUCGAUCCGGCCGAGCACGCCGAGCACCGUGCCGGCGGCGUACACGCAGACGCCGAGCGGCAACGUGCGCAUCCAGACGAUCCAGACGCCGUCGCACCCGGCGAGCGGGCAGCGCGGCCUCUUCGCGACGCGGGACCUGAAGCCCGGGGCCUUCAUCCUGCCGUACCUGGGGCGGGUGCACUCGUCCGGGCCGGCGGACACGGACCCUCAGAGCGACUACGACCUCUGGCUGGACAAGGAGGCCGGGGUGGCGGUGGACGCGGCGCGGCAGGGGAACGAGGGCCGGUUCGUCAACGACUACCGAGGCGUGGCGGACAGGCCCAACGCCGAGUUCGGCACCGUCUGGUGCGAGAAGUGGGCCCAGCUCUGCGUCGGCUUCUGGGUCGUCGGCAGGCCCGGGAAGAAGGGGAGGGUGGAGGGCGUCAGGAAGGGGGAGGAGAUACUCGUCAGUUAUGGAAAGGGUUUCUGGGGUGAGAGGCCAUCAUAA